AUGGAAACUUUAAGAAAAUAUCCUGUAUUACCAUUUUUAGAUAGAAUGUGUAAUACUGAUUAUAAAUUACCUGGAACUGACAUAAUAAUUGAAAAGGGUACUCCAGUUUAUAUUCCGAUGUUUGGAUUACAUUAUGAUGAGAAAUAUUGGAAUAAUCCUCAAAAAUAUGAUCCAGAAAGGUUUAGUGAUGAAGAAAUUAAUAAAAGGCAUCAAUAUGCGUAUAUUCCUUUUGGAUCAGGACCUCAUAAUUGUAUUGGUGAACGUUUCGGAUUGAAUUUUCAUACUCAUAUUCCAAGAAAUAGAUUUUAA